GAAUGCCUCAGAUUGGUCGUGAGAUUGGAAGAGGCCAGUAUGGUGUUGUUUAUGCUUGUGAUUCAUGGGCAGGUUGUUCUCCUUGUGCAAUUAAAUCAGUUGUUCCUCCAGAUGAAAGACAUUGGAAUGAUCUUGCUAUGGAAUUUUACUACACUCGGAGCAUCCCAGAACAUGAUCGCAUUGUACAAAUCAAAGGUUCUGUAAUUGAUCUCACUUAUGCUGGAGGUAGUACGCCAGCUGUUCUGCUGGUGAUGGACAGACUACAGAGGGAUCUCUACUCAGCACUGAAGAUGAGUUUGCCUUGGAAAUGCAGGUUACAGGUUGCUUUGGAUGUUGUGCAAGGUAUACGUUUUCUGCAUGGUCAAGGUUUAGUGCAUAGAGACAUCAAACUGAAAAAUGUUUUGUUGGACAAGCAUAAUCGUGCCAAAAUCACUGAUCUUGGGUUUUGCAAACCUGAAGCAAUGAUGUCUGGUAGUGUAGUUGGAACGCCUGUACACAUGGCUCCAGAGCUUUUCAGUGGACGCUAUGAUAACAGCGUGGAUGUAUAUGCAUUUGGAAUUCUCUUUUGGUACAUAUGUGCUGACCAUGUCAGAUUGCCUUACGUUUAUGAGCAGUGCCAGAGUAAAGACCACCUUUGGAACUCUGUUAAAAAGGGGGCAAGGCCGGAACGUUUACCUCAAUUUGAUGAAAACUGUUGGCGAUUGAUGGAGGAAUGUUGGAAUGGUGAUCCUUCAAAACGACCCCUCUUGGGCGAGGUCGAGCCUCGACUGAUGGAGAUCAUACAGCAUUAUGAGCAGAAUCCCCUUCUCAGCAGAGUCUUGGAACAGAAAGAAGUGAAACUCUUUUCAACCAGUCCUUAUGUCAAUUUGGAAUUUGCACCUGCGUGAGCAAUGUUAAGAAUAAUUUUAUUUCAUACAAUUUUUUUCUGGCAAAUCUAUCUUUGUAAGAGCCAACUAUAUGCUCAGAUGGUAUAGAGAUGGAGACAACUCAAUGUUUACUAUGCAGUUUUGUGAUUAGAAAAGUAUUUUUUUAUGACUGCAAGUUUUGUACAUUUAUCUGCAGAUAUACUGGUAUUUUUCCAAAAAAAAAUAUCCUGUGUUUUGUGUAAAAUAUGACUUUUAUAAUCUACCCCUUUUUUUGUUGAUUUGAAUUUUUACCAUGUAUAAAUGUAAAUUUUGUAAAAUAUGUAAAUAAUAAUUAUAGGCUAAUGUAAGCAAAUUAGUUUUGUUUUAGAUAUUUUAUCUAUGUUAAAGAAUCAAAACUCUUUUAUGUACUGUUUAGAUGUACAAUUUGUAAUGGAACAUUUAAUUUUUCAAACCACAUGAACUUAUUUUUAAUACAUAUUUUAACUGAUAAUUAUUUUUCAGAUCAUUUUAA